AUGGAAGAAUCUUCAGAACUACAUGAACCAAAAUACAAAGGUGUUAGAAAGAGGAAAUGGGGCAAAUGGGUAUGCGAGAUCCGGCUUCCAAACAGCCGUGAGAGGAUAUGGCUAGGCUCGUAUGAUUCACCCGAAAAGGCAGCAAGAGCUUUUGAUGCUGCAGCCUUUUGUCUCCGUGGUUCUUCCGCAAAAUUCAAUUUCCCAGACCAACCACCCAAUAUUCCUGGAGGGAGAACAUUUUCCCCCUCCGAGAUACAGGCGGUUGCAGCCCAACAUGCCAACUCUCCACAUUUUUAUUCAAAUAAUAUUGACUCCUCGGGCACACCGUCAAGCUCAGUUUCUAAUACAACCCUCCCCAUGGAAACAUACACAUCCUCAUACAUGUCACAUGACUAUAGCAACGACAACAACAAUGUGUCGGAUUAUGGCAUAUAUCCAGGGUUCGAUGAUUAUUUCAUGCAUCCAUCUUCAAUAGCUUCCCCACGAUUUGUAGAUUACGAAGAGGAUAAUUCAAGCAAUGGAGAUAUCUCGCAAGGUCCAUCCUUCCUUUGGAACUUUUGAUGAAUCCUAGCUAGCUAGCAAAUGGGCGAAUAAUUAAUAAUGGUAAAGUAUGCAUU